GAACGCGGGUCAGUGUAGACGUUGUGUUUCGUUGCGUUUAAUAGUCAAUUCUAACGCUUCGAUCGUAUUUUGACAGUUCCGGAACAUUGUACUCUAUCUCCGAUCGGAUUGUUUUGGUUAUCAAUAUAUAUUGAAUGUGUGAUUUUGUGAGGUAUAUUUAAUUUGGACGUAUGUAUGAAUUUGUGUAAACAAGUGUUGACUAUUCUUUUUGUUUAUGAAAAGAAAUUUAACCUACAUCGAGGGAAAGAAAACGCCGGGCGAAGUGAAAGUUUGAAUUUCGCAGUUUUUGUGUAUCGUUGUGGACAAAGAUAUUUAGAGCGAAUUUUUGGAGGCGGUCUCUUGAGCCGUGUAGAUAAUUGAAAAACUUGUCGGACGGUUAAGGGGACGAGCAGCUGGGUGACCUGAAAGCUGAUAAUAAAAAUAAACGAUACUACCAGAUUUAUUUAGAGGUCUUUGAAGUUGGAUCUUAUGAUGAUUAAUGAAGCGUGUGAUGUGAGGCUGCGAUUUGGGAAGCGUUGAGAUUCGUUCAUCCGGCGAUUUUUUUCGGGCUUUAUGAGGGAGAGAAGGUCCCUGCCAAUAAGCGGCGAAGUGGCGCUUAAAAGCGAGAAAGAUGGAGCUGGGAGGGGUUUGGUUGUGAACUCAGUUUUAUGUGGUGUUGUGGAUGAACUAUCGAACAGUAGGACCGGAAGACGAGGUUCGUGGGUGCGACACGCAGUCAUGGGCGUGCUCAGAUGGAAGGAUUUGACCGGAGUAAGGACCAGUACUCCUACUGAACAAAAAGAGGUCUCACGAAACGAGAACCGUCGGUCUGUGUCAGUUGGCGCAACAACUGGUUCCAAUGUGGGCGAGAGGCAUUCGUACGCUGAGGGCAGGGUGCCAGCACCACAUGGACCACCACCCUCGCCUGGUGCAGCAGCUGUCCAACGCAGAGUGGCUGCAGCUUGUCAAGCCAGUCGGCUGUUGUUGGAGGAAACUUUGGCUAAACCAGGAACUCCUCCAACCAUAGUUCAGCCACCAAACGGUGGUUACUGGGUGGAUGGAGUGGAAGAGAAUUCUUCGGACGAGGAGAGUGAGCAGCGUCCUCAGCCAGGAACCCCACGUCAGAAUUCUCGAAGACAUAAUAUUGAUACCGACGACACCGCCAAAUAUUACAGGCGGUUCUUUCUUGGCAAGGAACACCUCAACUUGGUUGGAUGUGACGCGAACCUUGGUCCUGUAGUGAUGUCGCUGAAAAACGAACAUGUUGCUGGACAGGAUCACACUAGGAUACUCUUGAGGCUACGAACAGAAACAAUGAUUGGAUUGAUUCCUACACCAAAUUCAGGGAUAAUGCCGUCACCAUUAAGAAUGGCUAAAAUGCUAAACGAUCAAGUUAAUGUAGAAAAUUUUAUGGCGGUUAUGUGUCUCAAUGCUUCAUCUUUGAUAGCGACAUAUGAUGAACAUGUCCUGGUGAAUACCUUCAAAUUUGGUGUACUCUACCAAAAAUACGGGCAGACGACUGAAGAAGAAUUGUUUGGAAAUAACGAAACCUCUCCGGCCUUUGACGAAUUCUUAGAAAUGCUUGGGCAGAGAAUUAAGUUGAAGGAUCAUAAAGGAUACAGAGGUGGUUUGGAUAUAAUGAACGGUCACACCGGAACAGAGGCGGUGUAUGAGAGGUUCUACGAACGUGAGAUUAUGUUCCACGUGGCGCCGCUGUUGCCGCACACGGCGGGCGACGCGCAACAGUUACAGAGGAAGAGACAUGUCGGAAACGAUAUUGUGGCCAUCGUUUUUCAGGAAAAAGCAACGCCAUUUACCCCAGACAUGAUCGCCUCGCACUUCCUUCACGCUUUUAUUGUGGUCACGCCAGUGGAAGCCGCUGAUGGGGAGACGAGGUACAAGGUGGCCGUCACUGCUCGUGUGGACGUACCAUUUUUCGGGCCGACUCUCCCUCAGCCGCCCAUAUUCCGUAAAGGUCGUGAAUUAAAGGAAUUCCUUCUUACCAAGUUGAUCAACGCCGAAAACGCGUGUUACAAAGCCGAAAAAUUCGCCGAACUCGAACAGAGGACUCGUACAUCACUGUUGCAAUCGUUAGCUGAAAAAUUAAAGGAAAAAACUGUUGAGUUCCUCGGUACGGGGGCAAGGAACGAAGCUGGUGCGGUGUCGCCUCAGCCUGAAGGAACUCCGAAGCAAGACGGCCCGGGAGCCAGAUUCAUCGAUACUGUGAAAAAGGCGAUUAUUUCUAAAGUCAGAUCACCAAGCGUUGACACGAAUCUCUCAGGCGACAGCAAUAAGAACAAUCCGUUGAAUAAGAAAAUCAACUUACACGAGACACCGACGCCUAAUAGCGGUCGUUCGAAGUCGUCGAUCGCGUCGUCGUCUGCGAGCGCGGUGUCGGUGCGGUCGGCGGGCGGCUCGGGCGAGUCGAGCCCGGACGUGACGUCACGCGCCGCGCCGCCGCGCCCGCCGCUGCACGACCACAGCGACGACUCCAGCCUCAACUCCGUCGAUCUGGACCCGCUGGACGACAAGGACUGGCUGAGUUGUGGUAAAACAACAGGCGCAGUAUAUGUGGAUAGCGACACAGGGCUGGAGUCGAUGUCUUCUGCCGAGGCGGGGGCGAACGCCCGCGACCAGCAUGGCGGUCCACGCGACGCAGACCUCCUACGGCAAGAAGUUUGCCGUUUGAAGAAUGACAAGCUCGAUCUUUUAAAGCAAAAUAUUACCUGGCAAAACGAGAUUAAAUGCUUGAGAGAACGGGUAAUGACAUUACAAGCGGAAUUAGCAUCAUCGGCUAAAGAGAGACGACACCGGGAACAGACAACGACAAUCAUCCCAAAUCCAUCUACUCACGAUUCAACUGCUUGAGAUGUGAAUAAAUCAAGUCCAGGAUAAAUAUGAAUAAGGUUUAUUUCAUUGCGCUUAAUAAAUGUUUAGUGUCUUUGAAAUUAGAACCCAUGUAGAAAUCUUACCCUAUGAUAAUCGUUUCAAUGUUUUAAAACAGCUGAUUAUUUGAGAGAUGAUUCAGAGUAACGCCAUCUAGCGGUCGUUGAAAGAUUUAUUAUGAUUGUUGAAAAUAAGAGGUAGAAGUCUUGAUUUUCCUAUUGGUAAUUUUUUUUAUUACAUACUUAUUAUGCAAUAUGUGUAUGGAGCACUUUUAUCUCAGGAAAGAGUCCUAAUGAUUCAGAAAUAACUGUGCAAUAUUUUGAAUAUCAACUCUUCGCAAUAGCGUACCCGCGGGUACUUAGAGUGUACAUGUAGUACCUAUUAUAUUAUAUAUUUCUUUAAAAUAUCCCAGUAUCUUAUUUAAAUAUUAAUAUGAGUGUGUAGAGAUCACAAUUUAUUAUAUAAAUCUAUACGAGUUUCUCAUUUCUGUAGCCAAUUGUAAAUUUUAAACUUAAAUGUAAUAAAUACAGAGUGAUUCUAUCAUAGCCUUGCUUUCUGUAAAUGUUGUGAUAACUAGCCUACAUUUGAACAAAUCAGAUUAAAAUUAGAAAUUUUAAAUAAGAGCGCAAAUUAUGUAAGUGCAUUCUAUUUAGUAAAUUUCGUAUGUGGUUAAUAUUCCUUCCUUUCGAUAUUGUAGAAAAUAUUUAUGGUUAACUUUUCAAAAAUAAUAUCCGUAAAAACCUUUGAAUAAUCUUAUAGAAGAAUUCAAUUCUUAGGUAAUGUUUUAAGGAGGUUUUAUUAAUUCACUUCCUAUAUAUCGAAUGUUUAUUAUGUUACGUUUAUAAAGCGUUAUCCCUUUUUUUUAGACAAAAAAACCUUGGAUUAUAAAUUGUAUCUAUUGUAUAACAAAAAAUGCGUAAGAUUAAAAUAUAAAUCUUUUCGCAUUAUACUUAUAGAAAAACGGUACCUACAAAAAAGCCUUUACAAUGUAGUGGAAGCCUAUAUUUAUAUGGUGCAUUAGAAAAAAAAUUAAAAAAAAUAUCUUAUAAAAAUUGUUAGAACUCCUAUUUUAUAUUUAACUUGUAUUUUUCAUAAUAUAUGCAUUGUAUUUAAAUUUAUUUAGCACAGUGGAAUGAUUUGUGUUCUGAUUUUAUAAUUACUCAAGGACAGAUAUUACAACUAUAGUCCAAUCUACGAACCUAACUCCUAAGUCAAUUAAUAAUACUCUUACUUCUCUAGUCGAUGCGGCUAGAAGUAAGCGAGAUUAAUCUGACAAUAGCAUCUAAGACAAUCCUAAGACGUGAUUUGCCUAUGAAGGUGACGCGCUUUAAUAAUUGGCAAUUUCCUAUGGGAGCUGGUUUCGUGGAAUGGGCUUCGAGUAAUUAUUUCUAAUUAUCAACAUCAACGCCAUCUAGUUGCAAUUUAAGUUUAUAUAGAAGCUGUUAUUUGUCAAAACAUCAAAGUCAGUUUCUUUUUCCUGCACAGAUAAUGUAAAUAUUGAUCUUAGACUAUUAAUUAAUCAGUAUUUUUUUUUUAAUUUAUGCUUGAUGUAAGAAUCGUUUCGAGUGUCUUUGUGUUUGAUUAUGUUUUGUUGUUAAUUAAUAUUUUAUACCAAAGUUAACAUUCCCCACUAAAUAGCAUAGUUUUUUUAAUAAUAAUUACCAUAGUAGAGAUGAAUCAGUAUUUUGAAUUACUGAGUUGACAUGCACGCUAACAUAUUUCUAAGUUUACAUUUAGUUAUUUUAUUAAAUGUAAUCUUUUAGAUCUUUGUUUGAAUGUUUAUGAUUAUGUUGACACUAACUGUUGAUUCGUCUUCUUAAACUUAAACCAAAUAUUGCGAGCGCGGAGCGUUAGAAUAUAUAGUUAUAAUUAUAAGAGAUACUAUUGAAAUAUAUGAAUAGUUAAUUACUAAUAAUUAUAAA